AUGGCUUCGACUCUCGCUGUUGGCCUUGGUGUCGCCACGGCGGCCUUUUUGGGUCGCGCUGGCUAUGUUGCCCUUCGUCGCUAUCAGGGUGGCAUGAACGCUAUGGGAAAGGCGUUUUACAAAGGAGGAUUUGAACCUCGCAUGACCCGCCGCGAAGCAGCAUUGAUCCUGGAACUUCCUGAACGGACCCUGAACAAGGACAAGGUCCGCAAGAAGCACCGUCAGCUCAUGCUGCUGAACCACCCGGAUCGUGGUGGAAGCCCGUAUCUCGCAACCAAGAUCAACGAAGCCAAGGAAUUUCUGGACAAACAUACCUGA